GGGGGUGGUUUGCGUUCCACGCGCAGCGUCCACGGAAGGGAAAGGAACUGCGCACACCCAGAGGUGGUAGAGGCUAGGAGGACGAGAAGGUGGAGGCGGAAGAGGAGGUAAAAAGAGAUGGUGCCCGACGUGAAGGAUUAGGACAUGUGACCAAGGGUGGGUGCAUCAUCGAGGUGUAUCUUCGUGGUGCACUGUUACUCGUUUUAUGCGGACAAACAUGUGGUACCGUUCUCCAAUGCAUUACUCAAAAGCUCAUCUGAAUGGACAUUGAGCGCCGAUCGGACAACAGCACAUGGAUAGAUAAAGUUUUUUGUCACGAAGGAAACGUGCGGCAUGGGUUUGCCGCGUUUCUCUGUGAGGGGACUCAUUUUCUACCUACUAUGCUUGAUGGGUUUACUGUUGGCUUUCCAAAAUCUAUUAAAGGUCGAAAUAUGGCACCGUAUGCGACCUCAUCCCGGACAAGAUCAACUUGUUCGUGCUCCAGACACCCCAAAGGUAACCAAUCCACCCGGCACGACGAUUCUGUCACGCAUUACUAUAGCCACCCUGGAACCAUUAAGACGACCUUGGUACAUGAAAGGAGGAAGCAGGAGACCUUUUCCUGCCUUAAAAUCCAAUCGCACCGGUCGACGAAUGGCACAUUUAUGGCCCGAAGAAGAUGUGUACGAUGAUCGUGUCACAAAUCAAUUGAUGUUUGUGCCCAAUGAUUAUAAUAAGACGGAGCAGCCGUUGAAAAAAAUAAUGGUUCCGCAUGGUAUGCCCGAAGCAAAAGUUGGUCCCGACAUAUUUCAUCAGCAUCGCUGCCCAGUAAAUACGUGUACGAUUGUCAGGGAAAAUCCGGACGACGCCGAUUUAAUCCUUUUUAAGGAUUAUGUAACUCAUGUCCGAAGAAAAUCUCCAAAGCAAGUAUGGAUGCUGUAUUUAUUAGAAUGUCCCUAUCACACUCAAAGUGUGAAGAACGCCGUCAUCAAUUGGACGGCAACCUAUCGUCGUGAUAGCGAUAUAGUCGCACCCUAUGAAAGGUGGCAGUAUUACGAUUCUAGUGUUACGCAAAUACCGCAGACUUUUAAUUACGCAGCCAACAAGAGUAAGAAGGUGGCGUGGUUCGUUUCCAAUUGCCAUCCUCGAAAUCAACGUAUGAAUUAUGCCAGGGAGCUAUCGAAAUACAUACAAGUGGACAUUUAUGGUACUUGCGGUACUCUACGGUGUCCGCGUUCACAGUCUCAAGCAUGCUUUGAUAUGCUUGACGAGGACUACAAAUUCUAUCUAGCAUUCGAGAACUCUAAUUGCAAGGAUUACAUCACGGAAAAGUUCUUCGUCAACGGUCUUGGACACAACGUUCUGCCGAUAGUAAUGGGCGCGCAUCCAACAGACUACGCUCGAAGCGCGCCAUAUCGUUCCUACAUUCACGUGGACGAGUUCGAGUCGCCUAAAGAGCUGGCGGAGUACCUCCACCGCUUGGAUCGCGACGAAGAACUGUACAACUCGUACUUCCGUUGGAAGGGCACCGGGGAAUUCAUCAACACGUUCUUUUGGUGCCGCGUUUGCGCGAUGCUGCACGACGAUCGACGACCGAAGUCCUACAAGGAUGUGAACGAAUGGUGGAGAGGCGACGGUAUAUGCACAGCGAGCUCGUGGCGCGAGCACGACCUGGUCCGCACGAACCUCAAAAAUACUUGAAGAAACCUCGCCGCGGACUCGUUGAAACCUGUGAAAUAAUGCGACGCAUUCGAAUUUACAUACGCUAUCGUCUGAAGAAUCAUCUGGACUUCCAAUGGGCGCGGAGAGUAUUACUCGUACGAGUGGCGGAGUUCUGUUCGCUUUUCUUUCAUUUUCUAACGAAUAUGUUCAGCGGUUGGAAGAUUUCGAGGGAGCCUCGCGAGUUGACGAGAAGUCUGGGGUAGUCCGUAAACGGGAGAAAGACUGCCGAGUAUGAAUUUGUCGAAACAUAAAGCGCUAGGUGUACUCGAAUUUGUACUUUUUCGACGAACAUCGUGGACUUUUACACGUCACUAUAGAAUUAACUCGUUACUCUAGACGAAACAAAUAUGCGCAUGUUUUUACUAAGAUUACGGGACCGUCGAUCCAUCGAGGACAACGAUCGCCGUAUAACCGAUUCAAUUGAUAUUUUGAUCACGGUCAAUUACCUGCGGUUAAACGUACUUCAUAGUUUUAACAGGUACGAGCCUUUUAUUUCUAAUGUUUAGGAUCGCUCGAUACGGGAUUAUUUUUCUUGGUGAAAAAUUUACGUAUGAUCGUUGAUGCUGAACUAUUUUAAUCGUUGGUUAGCGGAGACGGUUACGGACGUAGUAAACAGCGCCGGCAUAUCACUUAACGUGAAUUUGUAUAGCGUUCCUUUAACGAUUGUACGGAUGCUCUAAACGAUUUGAAUUAGAACCUCUUACGUGUUAAAGGCCCCACCGAGAUUCGAUUUAAAAUUUUCCGAAACGUUAUUUUCGUAAAAUGUAUUAACGCGACUGACGAUUUUAAGAGCGAAAUGUUUUACAAAAUAAUUUAUAAGGGACUCGCGUCGAUGUACGGUUAAUGCAAAAUUAUUAAUUAAUUAAAUUUAACGCUGUCAAGAACGAAACGAUAUCGUAAUGCAGGUAUGAAAUACGCGACGGUAUUUUGCAUUGGUGUAAAAAAGUUGGUGAAAUAAGUGCCGUAAGGAAUAUAAAACGGCGUGAAGAAAUUACAACUGCUUUUUUUAAAGCGCGUUGAAAAAUUUCGAUUUAAAUUAAAUUUCUGUAAAUGAAACACGAAUGCUGCGCAUUGAGCCGUUUUCAUUUCUCAUGGACAGGAAGCGCGAAGCAAUAAUUACAUUUUCUCUCUAAUAGGGUUCCUAGAGAUUCGUUCAAAAUUGAGAUAAUGUAAUUGAAUUUUAUUAAUAUAUUGGUUCCUACGUUCGAUAGAGAUAAUGAAAUAUUUUUGCGUUCGGUACGUGGAAGGAUAACGAAUAAUAACAUAGAAUUCGGCGGUAUACAGGUUAACGUAGUUUUAAAUGUUCCUGGAACGUCGACGAUUUAAACGCUCGUCCAGUGAUUAAAUAAACAUUCGAGUGAUUGCGCGGCCACGUUAAUGAAUAUUUGUAAACAUUCAGAUAUACAAGUGCAAAGGAACACCAUAGUUAAACCAUGUUAAUGUUCACGUGGGCUUGAAUUUACAGCGUACUUCACUUUCGAAUUGUAAUAUUAUUUAUUUACUAUCAGUGGCGGAGAUGUGAAAUUAAUAUGUUGUAUGAAGCAGCAAAUUUCACUAUUUUAUUUAUUUUCUCAGACUGUAUCGUACGACGAUAGUUUAUCCCAUGUGAAAUGUUUCCAUCGCAUUUGAUAAUAUGGAAAAAUGACACAGAUUAAUGUCAAAUAACGUGGUAUGUGCUGGUAAUAUUUGUUUUAGGCACAGAAGAACAAAAAGUAUUAAUUCCAUUUGUUGUUGAUUCAUGGGGCACUAUACUCUUAGAUUUAAUUCGAUAGUGCUUGUUGAUAUUAUUUUCGCUAAAUGUUCUUGAUUUACAGUAUCAGUUCUUAUGCGGAAAUGGUUUGUCACUUGUAAAAUACUAGCAAUUUUAGAUUGUGGAUAUUGAGUUUAGAAAUUUAGUGCGAUUGUAUCGUAAUUGGAAGAAAUUACGCAAACGAGUAAAUUAAGAUUACUAAACUUCUAAAGUGCAAGAUUCCCUUAAUUAACGAUUUUUGUUUAAAAGUAAUAGCGCUUAUUGUUGUAAUAAAUCUAUAACCACCGCGUGACGCGCGUUGAUAUUACAUUAAACAAUUCUUACAACUGAAAAUAACAUUGAGCUAACGAGACACCUGUAAAUCAAGAAUUUCGAGAUGCAACGUAUACAGCUUUAUUCGUCGACAGAUGCCAGUAGUUCGCAUAAGUAUUAAAAUUAAUGUACAAUGACUAGGAUAAUAAUUUUUUUAGCAUACUCUUGUACGUACUUUAGAGCGUGACUGCAAUUCUGUAAGAUGGCUUCUGAAGUCCCUAGAUUAUUCAUUAAGAGUGGAAUUGACAUAACUGUACAAUAUCUAAGGAAAAUUUUUGCUCGUAAGUGAAAAGUGUUUACUGUUUAUAUAAGA